AUGCCCUCAACAUUACAAAAGGCCCGCAAGCAUAUUGCGAAGAAGCGCAACGGCCACGACCUGGCCCUGCAUGAGUUCUCCAGAGACUCCAAGCGCCUUCAUAAAGCAUCGAUAAGAGAUCAGAAGUUGGAGAAGCUCCAUGCCUCAAGGAACAAGAAGGAGCAGCCCUUGCGCAGGUUUGUGCACCAGUAUGAUGAGGAGUACGCCGAAGUCAAGAAGACCCGUCGGCCAGGACGCCCUGCGAGCCCCAAGGAGGACUUGCUGAAGCAGAGAAUUGCAAACCUUGAAGAGGAGUAUAGGAUCGGCUUCUACCUUCCCGAUCUCUUGAACGAGUCCAACACACUCCUGCUCGACCGCUGGGAGGGCUCAUGGUCUUACCUAACCUCCGUCGCCUGGGUCAAAAUCACAAGUGACGGCACCAUCAAGAAGUCUAGCUUCCCUCCCAAGGGUAGCUCUUGA